AUGGCGGACAUUUCCAAGGCUGUGGCAGACGAAAAGGUGCAGAGGGCAGACGACCCUUCUCCCGCCUCCGACUCUGACACCGUUGUUGCUGUUGUUCAAGAGAAGCCCAAGUCAACAUGGAAGAGUUAUCUCUGGGAUACUUUUGACAAGUCGCCCGAGGAGAGAAGGUUUCUUUUCAAGUUGGAUGCUGCGUUGAUGACGUUGGCGUCGCUCGGUUACUUUAUCAAGUAUCUCGACCAGGUCAACAUCAACAAUGCCUUUGUAUCGGGGAUGAAGGAGGACCUGAACCUCCUAGGCAACGAACUCAACUAUAUGCAAACGUGCUGGACUGUCGGAUACGUUCUAGGAGAGAUCCCGAGUAACAUGCUCCUCACUCGAAUCCGACCCAGCCUGUGGAUACCCUUUUGUGAGGUCACUUGGUCUGUUUUGACGAUCCUGCUUUGCAAAUGCACCACUGCCAAGCAAAUCUACGUUUUGCGUUUCUUUAUUGGUCUCGCCGAAAGCACCUUCUAUCCUGGGAUGCAGUACAUUGUGGGCAGUUGGUAUCGAAAAGACGAGCUAGCGAAGCGAUCCUGUCUCUUCCACGCAAUGGGAAACGUCGGAUCCAUGGUGUCUGGCUAUCUGAUGGCUGGGUCCCACAACCUCGACGGCGUCCACGGUUUCCACGGCUGGCAAUGGCUGUUCAUUACUAAUACGAUCGUGUCGUUGCCUAUUGCCAUCUCUGGCUUCUUCUUCUUGCCCGACUUGCCUGAGAUUACAAGGGCUUUUUACUUUACGAAAGAUGAGAUCGCACUCGCCAAAAAGAGAAUGCAACUGGAAGGACGAGCUGAGAGAGCGCCAUACAACAAGGCCAAGUUUGUCAAGAUCUUUUCGAGUUGGCAUAUAUACGCUCUCACGUUGUUGUAUAUCCUCUUCAACAACGGAAACGGUGGAAGCUCGCAACCUGCGUUCCCCAUCUGGCUGAAAGAACAAGGGUACACCAUUCAAGAAGUCAACAUCUACCCGACCAUCGUCGAGGUGAUUAGCAUCGUCACUACCUUGAUCUACGCUUGGACUUCAGACAGUCUGUUCCGCGGAGCGCGCUGGCCGGCGAUCCUCUUCUCAGGUCUCGUCAAGAUUAUCGCCUAUGCCGGCCUCACAGUAUGGAACGUCCCAAACGCAUUCACAUGGGCAUGCUUCAUGCUCUGUGGCUUUGGAGGCGGUAUUAGUGGUCUGACAUUUGCUUGGGCGCACGAGAUUUGCAGUGAUGACAACGAAGAGAGAGCUCUUGUCACUGGUGCCAUGAAUGAGAUGGCAUAUGUGUUUCAGGCUUGGCUGCCCUUGGUCAUCUGGCAACAGGUCGAGGCACCGGUUUAUCCAAAGGGAUAUCCUACCAUGGUUGGCAUGGCUGUGGCUCUUAUUGGGACUGCUUUUGCGAUUCGGUUUUUGCACAAGAAGGAACAGAGAGGACGACACGCAUUGGCAGGCCCAGCUUAG